AUGGAUCAGCACGUAGCGACAUCUCUUUCCAGACAAAAGGAUAGUGGCGAACAUAUCACCCGCGUCGAACAUCUCGAGGCCCAGCAGCAGCAACAACACAGAUCAGGCAAACACGACCAUGUAGAAGGCAAUGCCCUCUUGGUAGAUAAGGGCGGAGCUGUCCGCAAGAUCCCCGUACCUUCGUCCGACCCGAACGACCCUCUCAAUUUCCGACCUUGGGAGAAAUAUGGCGUCGUCGUUUGUUGUGUCUGGUUUUCGAUCAUGGGACUGUCACUCGCGAGCGGACUUGGCGCAAUCCUCAAUGUCAUGUUCGAGAUGUAUCUACCCCAGGGGUACAGUUCUGAUCAGGUUGUUCUGUUGAUCAGCUUGCCAACGCUAUGCAUUGGUUUAGGAAACUACAUUAUCCUCCCAUUGUCCCUCACCUUCGGCCGUCGACCCGUAUUCAUAGCUUCCAUGGUCAUACUUCUCGCCUCGAUCAUAGCCGCUGCUGUCCAGAACAGUUACGAGGGCCACCUCGCCGCCCGUGUCAUCCAAGGCAUUUCAACCGAUGCGUCGGAAUCGCUUCUUCCGCUUAUGCUAACGGAGAUUACAUUCCUCCACGAGCGUCCUAUGAUCUUUGGUCUUUACUGGAUGACCCAGAACGUUCUGAGCUCCACGAUAAACCUUGCCUCAUCGUACAUCAACGCCAGUCUCGGUUGGCGCUGGUACUACUGGGUUUUCGUCAUCACUGUAGCCGUCGGCCUCUUGAUUGCCUAUUUCUUCGCCUUUGAGACGCAAUUUUCGCGUCCAGCGGCCAGCCUCGAUGGCCAGCUUGUCUUCACCGACGAGUUUGGCGUCACGCGCAUCAUCCCGGACUCUGAGGCCCAGGACUACCUGGAGCGAGUCCAGAACGAAGGGAGAGACCUUCCAAAGAUGAGUGUCAAUGAAGACAACUCAUCAACGACCAUCGCUCGCAAGUCUUAUAUUCAGAAGCUCAGCCUGCUUUCUCCAUUACAGCCGAGACCCCUGCAAGUCAUUCUUCUGAGCUGGCUUCACAUGGCUCAGAGCCUGACCUCUCCAGGUAUCUUGUACGCAGUUCUCACUUCUUCAAUCACGCUUGGAUGUGGCGUCGGCAUGUCGUUGACGUACAAUGCCGUCCUCAUGCAAAACUACCAUUGGCAGGCCAAGGAUAUCGGGCUCAUCAACAUCGGAGGCAUCAUCGGCGCGUUUCUAGGCAUGCUCUACUGCAGCCUUCUCGGGAACCGAUUCGUGCUUUGGUUUGCGCAGCGCAACAAAGGCGUCCACAAGCCCGAGGACCACCUCAUCACGCUGAUCCCUCCCGCCGUCAUCGGAAUCGCCAUGCUCCUUCUCUACGGCUUCACGGCGGGUGGUGGCUCAACCUGGUGGGCGCCGUAUCUGGGUUGGACCUUCUUCCAGUACUCCUUCACCGCGGUGCUCAUCAUCUCGACAACCUUUGGUUCCGAGGCCGCACCGAAGCACCCUGGCCCCGCGCUGGUGGUCGUUGUAGGCACGAAGAAUGUCAUCUCGUUUGGCGUCACGUACGGGCUGACCCCGAUGGUUGAGAAGCACGGCUAUGAGUGGGCUUUUGGUGUACUUGCUGGAAUUUUUGGAGCUAUUUUCCUCUUGGGCAUCCCUGUGUACUGGAUCAAUCCCAGGUGGAGAGCGUAUAUCGCAGAAAAGGAGGCCAGGCAGGGCAUCAACCAUCUGGACUAA